GCUAUGCAAAAUACGGAAUCACCAAAGGAUGCCGGGGAGGGGGAACAGAAGGGGAAUCCCUCACCUUCCCGGGGCGCGUUGCUCACUUAUCUCCGCCUGGGGGAGUCUCCCAGCCUAGGUACCCCUCGUCUCCCUCCUUAAAGCCCCCACCUGAGGCAGCAGAGGUGGGCUGCGCGGCGGCGAUCUCUCCCGCAGCCUCGGCCCUCCCCCGCCCCCCGGCUUGGUUUUUCCCGGUCGUGGAGGUUGGGCCAGGGGCUGGGGUGAGAGGAGAGUCGGCGCCCGCAGCAGGAGCCGGGAAGGCGCGUGGACUGGGGUGGCCCUCGGAGUUGGCUUUGGAAGCGCGGGGCGCGGAGGUCGCCCAUCCGAUCCUUCCCUGAGAGAGGCGCCAACAAAGGAGUUGAGGAGGUGCCACCCACCCCAGCGGCGGCUGGAGGAGGAGCGCCAAGGCCCGUGUCCCGACCCGCCGUGCGUACUCACUGGAGGGAAGGGCGGGGUACCGCUCCGGGAGGGAGACGCCCGGUGGCCCGGGGUUAGCCAAGUUCCAGCUUUGGCGUCCCUUCCUUGGCUCCCACGCGAGGAAAGUUUGCCGUCGACGCUUGCGGCCGUCUCGCGCCCGCCGGGCCCAGGCGGUCGAGUCUUCGGAGCGGGCACCGUCCCAGCUCCGGGGAACCGCGAGCCGCGAUGCCUGGGGCGGGCUCCCGGGGCCCCUCUGCCGGGGACGGACGGCUGCGGUUGGCAAGGCUGGCGCUAGUGCUGCUGGGUUGGGUCUCCGCGUCGGCCCCCAGCUCUUCGCUACCCUCGUCUUCCACCUCCCCGGCUGCCUUCCUGGCUUCGGGGUCUGCGCAGCCUCCGCCGGCCGAGCGAUGCCCCGCUGCGUGCGAGUGCUCCGAGGCGGCGCGCACGGUUAAGUGCGUGAACCGCAACCUGCUGGAGGUGCCUGCGGACCUGCCACCUUACGUGCGCAACCUUUUCCUCACUGGCAACCAGAUGACCGUGCUCCCGGCUGGCGCCUUCGCCCGCCAGCCGCCGCUCGCCGACCUGGCAGUGCUCAACCUCAGCGGCAACCACCUGAAGGAGGUGGGUGCAGGUGCCUUCGAGCAUCUGCCCGGCCUUCGCCGGCUUGACCUCAGCCACAAUCCUCUCACCAACCUCAGCGCCUUCACCUUCGCGGGCAGCAACGUCAGCGUCUCGACCCCCAGCCCCCUGUUGGAGCUGAUCUUGAAUCACAUCGUGCCCCCUGAGGAUCAGCGGCAGAAUGGGAGCUUCGAGGGCAUGGUGGCCUUCGAGGGCAUGGUGGCAGCUGCCCUGCGCUCAGGCCUUGCACUCCGAGGGCUGCAUCACCUAGAGCUGGCCAGCAAUCACUUUCUUUACCUGCCUCGGGACUUAUUGGACCAACUGCCAAGUCUCAAGCACCUGGACCUCAGGAACAACUCCCUGGUGAGCCUGACCUAUGCAUCUUUCCGCAACCUGACACACCUCGAAAGCCUCCACUUGGAGGACAAUGCCCUCAAGGUCCUUCACAACUCCACCUUGGCUGAGUGGCAAGGCCUGGCUCAUGUCAGGGUGUUCCUGGACAACAAUCCCUGGGUUUGUGACUGCUACAUGGCUGACAUGGUGUCUUGGCUUAAAGAGACAGAGGUGGUGCCGGAUAAAGCCAGGCUCACCUGCGCAUUCCCAGAAAAAAUGAGGAACCGUGGCCUCUUGGACCUCACCAGCUCUGACCUGGACUGUGACGCUACCCUUCCCCAAUCCCUGCAGACUUCCUAUGUCUUCUUAGGUAUUGUUUUAGCUCUGAUAGGCGCUAUUUUCCUCCUCGUUUUGUAUUUGAACCGGAAAGGCAUAAAGAAGUGGAUGCAUAACAUCAGAGAUGCCUGCAGGGAUCACAUGGAAGGGUAUCAUUACAGAUACGAAAUCAAUGCGGACCCCAGAUUAACAAAUCUCAGUUCCAACUCGGAUGUCUGAGAACUAGGACUGGCCAAGGAGGACUCUGCAUGAGGUGUAUGUAGACUUAAGGUCCCUCCCCCCCCUUUACUAUGCUUGCUCCACUUCCACCCUCCACCGUAGACACCAUUGAUUUUGAUCCUCGUUAUGUAAAAUUCUUGGUGUGUUCUGUUAAUGUAAGGACAUGAACAACUGUGCAUAUAAUGUUUAUUUACCCCUUUCCUUUUGGUACUCCUCGAUGCCUGCAGAGGGACUUUUUUUUUUCCUCUCAAGUUGCAGCAUGGACAUGGACUCUUAGUUGAGCUCAAGGCGUAGCACAGAUAACAUUCAACGGGAGCUGCCUCAAUUUCUUUUUUCUUUUUUGAGAAAAGUACUUUAUUCAUAAAUAUGAGUUUUAUUGUCACCUACCUAAAUUAUGGAGGAAAUAUUGCAUCCCCAAAUUGCCUGCAGACCUUAGCAAGCUCUUACCUAGAACUUGGUAGUGCACAGGAGCACCUGCAUCCGAGAGCAUGCGUACAUUUUACUGUUCUGCAUAUUAAAAAAAUUGCAACGUCAGAUAACUUCUUUGACAGACUAAAUUACUUUUUUGAUUGCAGUUUACAUGAAACUGACCCGAGGUUUUUCUUUUUCUUUUUUUAUAAACUGCAUUGAGACCCAACAGACUGGAUUGUUAUAUAAAAAAAGAAAAAUCAAUAAAAGAGUCUCAAAAGAA